AUGAGUAGCUCCGGUCCUCCGCUUCACAAUAUCUUCGUCUACGGUAGCUUUCAGGAGCCUGAUGUCAUCAAGGUCAUUCUUGAUCGUGUCCCUGAGAUGAUCUCUGCUACACUCCCUGGCUUUAAGAUGCUUAGCCUUAAAGGACGUUUGUAUCCAUGUAUUGUGCCGUCUGAGGAAGGAGACGUCCAUGGAAAGGUACUAACGGGAUUAAACGAUAAAGAGCUUAAGAAUUUAGAUACGUGUGAGGGUAAUGAAUAUGAGAGAGUGACAGUUGGGGCUGUAAGGGAUGAUAAUUUUGAUAAGAUGCCUGUGAAAACAUAUAUAUGGAUUAAUAAGGAUGAUCCUGAAAUGGAUGGAGAAUGGGAUUUCGAGGAGUGGAAACGACUACACAUGAAGAAAUUUAUAAAUACGUACAAAGAUAUCAUGGAAUCUAAGAGGAACCCUCAAGUAAAAGAAUCGGAUCCAAUCAAAACUGCCCUACGCGAAGAACCCGAGAAUGGUCCAUCUUCUUGA